GGCUCAUGUCAGAGCUCACUUCUUAACAAGAAUCAUUCAGGAUGCAUUUGGAUAAGUACCUCCUGGUUUUGUCCGCUGUCAUUAUUUGUGUGUCUUCUUCACGCUUCCUUAACCAAGAAUGGAGUUCCUGGAAAACCAAAUACGAAAAGAAAUAUGUCACUUCAUAUGACGAGGCAUUUCGGAGACAGGCCUGGGAGGCAACAUGGCACAAGGUACAGAACCACAAUCAAAAGUAUGAAAAAGGCCUCACAAAAUACAGAAUGGAGAUGAAUCAUUUUGCAGAUAUGACAACAGAAGAGCGUAACUCCCGAAACUGUAUUUCUAACAGAAAAAAAAGCACCUUGAAGUCAAACAUUCCUCUGAAGGCUCAUUCAAAAGACUUCCAUCUUCCACCAACAGUUGACUGGAGGGAGUCAAAAUGUGUUACCAAUGUGAAAAAUCAAGGUUUAUGUGGAUCCUGCUGGGCAUUUGCUACGGUGGGUGUGAUUGAGACCCAAAACUGCAUUAAAUCCAAACAGCUUGUUGAACUGAGUGAGCAGCAGUUUGUUGACUGUGACAGUACAAAUGACGGUUGCUGUGGGGGAAUUCCAGCCAAGGCAUUGGACUAUGUUACACAUUACGGUGUCAUGAAGGCUAAAGACUAUGAAUAUAGUGAAAAGCAAUCUGCCUGCAUGUUCAAAAAUGAUGAUGCUUUAAAAUUUAAUGUGAGCAAAUUCUAUGUUCUGCUUGGAGAAGAAAACAUGGCAUCAUCGUUAGCGCUUGAUGGACCUAUUACAGUUGGAAUUGAUGCAAGUGAAGAUUUUCAGCUAUACAAAGAUGGUAUUUUCACUGGAGAAUGUACUGAACAGCCAACUCAUGCAGUCAUUAUUGUAGGAUAUGGUACAGAAUAUGAUAAAGAGGAGGGUGCGGAAAUAGACUACUGGAUUAUAAAAAACAGCUGGGGAGAAAGCUGGGGAGAGAAAGGUUAUGCAAAGAUGCAGCGUAAUGUCAACUUGUGUGGUAUCACCUCAAUGGCAGCCUCUGUGGACUUCGUCUAGUGGUUGCUUAGCAUCAUCCACUGAAGAAAUAACAGAAAACUGUAACCCAGAGUAUUAUAUUGUACCAUGAAGAUCAUUGUAUCAAGUACUGACUAUAAGUUAUAUGUUAUUUCUGUACUGCCUACCAAUAUGAUAUGUUCAGUAUUGUUUACUGUAAUAUUCAAUUGCUUGCAAUUUUGUAUAUCAAAAUAAA